CCAGAACUUUCCACAACUCAACUAUUCUCUUAUCUCCUCCAUUCAUUCAUUCAUUCAUUCUUCUUCUUGCUUCCUCAACUCAGAACCAACCAGACAGAGUAGAAAAAAGAUCAACUAGAAAUCAAAAUGGCCCUGCAAGUGCAGGCCACUCUUCACACUACAAGAUCCUCCCUACCUUCAUUAUCAUCACCUAGACCAUCUUCCAAUCAAUUUGCUUUGAAGUCAUCUUUCUUCUCUCGUUCUCUUAACCUCGUACAACAGCAAAGUCUUGUUCAUGGACCUCCUAAGUAUACCAUGCGUGUAGCUUCUAAACAAGCCUACAUCUGUCGUGACUGCGGGUAUAUAUACAAUGAUAAGACCCCUUUUGAUAAAUUGCCUGAUAAAUACUUCUGCCCUGUUUGUGGUGCUCCCAAACGAAGGUUUAAGCCAUAUGCAACAGAUGUCAACAAAAAAGCAAAUGAAACAGAUGUUAGAAAGGCAAGAAAAGCUGAACUCCAAAGGGAUGAAGCAGUUGGGAAAGCACUCCCUAUUGCAGUUGCCGUGGGAGUUGUUGCUCUUGCAGGAUUAUACUUCUACCUCAACAACACAUUUUAGAUCAAUGUUUGGUUCAUUAUGCUUUACUUCCCAAAACUAGACCUUUAAUGUCUUAUUCAUGUAAUUUUGUUUAUUUGGUCCAUCAACACUUUUACACAGUUCCAAUUAGCUCCUUCUGUUCAAAUUCCAAUAGCUUACGACAAAAAUGUUAUCACAAGUUAAACUGAAAAUAUUCAAAUAAAGCAGGAAUAUUUGUUUAUGAA